AUGAAGUUCUUUUCAACAUUCGUAAUAUUCUCAUCAUGUGUCGCUGCUGUGUUAGCACACACAUCAAUAAUUUAUCCACUUCCACGAGGACACCCACGAAAUCCUAACGCUGCCGUAAAAGAUUACGACUGUAUGAUUGCGCCAUUAACACCAUCUGCGAAUUGUACAGGGAAGCCCUUUCCAUGUGGUGGUUAUCCAAUGGACACCAACAUCACCCAAGUUUUCUAUGCUGGUGACGUUAUCAAUGUGAAAUUCUGGACUUCGUCGCUUCCCGAUGGUCCACAACCAGGUUCCGAAAGCGCUAAUCAAGCAAGACAUAAUGGUGGACUUUGCGAAUUUUCUUUAUCCUAUGAUGGGGGUAAAACUUACACAGUUAUUUCUACUUAUCAUCAGACUUGCCCAGAUAUCUUCUUUGAUUGGAAAGUAAAAAUCCCGGAUGCUGCUCCACCAUGCGAUAAUCCCGGAAAAUGUCUUUUCUCUUGGACAUGGAUAAAUGCUCUUGGAAAUCGUGAAUUCUAUCAAAAUUGUGCUGAUAUUAAACUUAUUGGCAGCAAUUUAGCAAAACCAUUACCAAUAAUUGAUAUUACUCGAGCAAACCUACCCUCAGAAUUCCCUAAAAAUCUAACUCCACCCGGUGAUCCAAAUAAUUCUGGCAACGCUAAAGGAUCCGGUCCUUCCCCCUCCGAUGUUUCCGCUAAUAUGGCUCUUAAUAUUGGUGGAAUUAGCGCUGAUUUGCUUCCACGCGAUGGGAAUAAUGCAGUUUUGGUGGGAAAAAUAAUUUAUUAUUUCGGUGGUAGAACAGCAUCGCCUCAAAAAGUCAAUACAUUUCUAUUGGAUUUAUCAUCAGACUUUACAGCAACCAAUCCAAAUUUCAUUGAAGUUUUUGGACUCGAAGAUAUGCCGUCACUUACCUGGACUGCUGCUUGCCUAGAUGAAAGAGAUAAUACUAUUCGUAUAUUUGGUGGAGCUGAUGCAUCACAAUCGUCUUUACUCAAAGGAAACACAAUAUACAAUAUAAAGUCAGCCAAUGAGACUUUUUUUAAUUGGAAAUCAUCUUCACCAAACCAAGGAGAAACAUGGCCAAGUGCCCGAGAUGCAAUAUUUCCAAUUAUCGAUAAUAGUUCGAGAAUUUUCGUAUGGGGUGGGCGUAAUGAAGGUCAAGAUAAUAAAACGAUGUAUGUACUUGAAGCGAAUAAAUGGAAAAGCUAUAUUUUUGAUAAUGCACCGAAUCCAAGAACAUCUUAUUCGGCUACAUUAUUAGAUGAUGGUCGAAUCAUUUUUAUUGGCGGAAUUAGUAAAAAUCCAUAUCCAGACGUUAAUUUUUUAGAGUUAUUAAUAUUUGAUACCACCAAACUUGAAUGGAAUACACAACAAUCCACAAGUGACAAGCAGAUAAAAAAUCGAGCUUUCCAUUCAGCAUUGCUUCACUCGGAUUCCAUUUCUAUUAUUAUGUAUGGAGGUAUUUACGAGCCUAUAGAAGAUAAAAUUCCCGAUUCUGACUCGGUGUGGAUAUUGAAUACCAAAACUUGGACGUGGUCCCAGAAAUCAGUUCCUAGCUUACCUUAUAUGAAUGUGACAAGAAGUCAUACUGCAGUUAUGUAUAAUGGAUAUAUGAUUAUAGCUUUUGGAGUUUACGGAGAUUAUAAUUUUACAUCUGAAGUAAAAGUUAUGGAUGUGACAAAUUUAGACUCAUUGACCUGGGUUCCUACUUACAAAGUAAGAACAUUACCUACUGGUUCAACAGGUAAUUCAACAACUGAUGACCAAAAGAAAAAGAAUGUUACUUUAAUUCUUGGAUGUGUAAUCGGUGGUGGCCUUGUUGCUUUGGCUUUUGUGAUAUUUAUUAUCGUUAUGCGUCGACGUAAAUCUAUUAAAAAUGCAAGACUUUCGGAAUAUUCUGCACAUUCGAACAAUGAGCCAGUUCCUGCUAUUAACCGUACUUCAACAGGAUUUCCAACGAAUCCAAGCACACCUGUUAGUCAACAUAUUCGGACUCCAAGACUUUCGGAAUAUUCUGCACAUUCGAACAAUGAGCCAGUUCCUGCUAUUAAUCGUACUUCAACAGGAUUUCCAACCCAAAUUCCGAAUCCAAGCACACCUGUUAGUCAACAUAUUAGUCAACAUAUUCGGAAUCCAAGCCCACCUGUUAGUCAACAUAUUCAAUUUGAUCCAUUAUAUCAACAAUAUAAUCCAUUAUACAUGUAUCAUCCAAAUCCGAAUUUACCAUUGUAUCACCCGAGUUCACUAUAUCAACCGAAUUCACCAUAUCAACCGAAUCCACCAUAUCAACCGAAUCCACCAUAUCAACAUGACCCGGAUUCUCCACAUUCAUUCUAUGAUAACCCGAAUUCAUGA